AUGAAUUGACGAGAUAGUUCUAAAAGACUAGCUACUAGUAUUAUUUUUUAUUUGAUGAAUAUUCAAGUAAAAUAAAGCGUACCCAUUUCACAAUUCACACUACAUAGUGACUUACAUGCAUUGAUCCUCUACUAAAAAGAAACCCUUUUUCUUUAGUUUUCCAAAUACCAAUCUCUUCUUUUUCUCAACUUUUUCUUUCUUGUCUUUUUCUUCUUCCCUGAUAGAAACUUUCUUCAGUCAAAAAUUAAGAGCUUUAAAUUAAAACUUCCACUAAGGUUUAUAUACAUACUCCUCAUAUAUAUAUAUAUAUAUAGAUUCACACACUUUGUUUUCUCUUCUCUCUUAACAGCUUAAAAAUGGCAUCAAAAGGAAAGAAACCAAUAAGAGGAGCACCUACAAGAAGAAUAAAAAGAAUCAAGAACCCAUCUUCUCCAUGUAGUAUCAACAGUGAAGUCACUUCAACGUCAUCAUCUACUUCAAUAUCCUCAACCGCUACGUCAACGUCGCCCAGUGGAUGUUGUACUCCGAUAUCUAAGAAGUCACGAAUACCUGAGAUGCUCACGUGCCCGCCAGCUCCGAAGAAGCAAAGGGUGGCGCAAAACUUUGCUCUGAGGAGGAGACAAAUCUCUUUCUUUGCUCCUCCAGAUGUAGAGCUCUUCUUUGUUUUUGCACUUGGUCAUAAUCAUGGUCAAGAAAACGAUAAAUAAGUUAAGUUUUAUAAUUAGGGUUCUGUGGUCAUAACCAUGGUAUAAUCAAUCUCAAGCUUCUAGUUGGAUUCAAAUGCAAUAACUGAAGGUAUAUUAAGAGAGUUUACUAGCAUAGUGUGAUACUGUGAUUUUUGGCUUCUUUUUUCUUCUAUCUGUCUUUUUCCCCUCUUUGGUUCUUUUUUUUUGGUUGGGUGAUUUUGAAUUUGUGGUAGGGUAUUAUAAUUCAUCAAAUACCCUAUCUCUUUUUUAAUUAGUUAUAUUGUAACUUUUGUUUAUGGGUUCUGUAAUUGAAUGAUGCUUGCUAA